UAUGGAUCUAUUUUUAAAAGAUACUUUAAUAGUAUUAGUGAUAAUUUUAGGAAAACGAGUGAUUAAAUCACUAGAAUAACAGAUGAAUUAUUUAGAUGAAUAUCUUAAGAAUUAUUACCAAUACCAAUAAAAUUUCUUUAUACUUUUAAUUCAAGAGAUAUUAGCAAAGUAUUUUAAGGUUUAUUGAUGAUCAGACCUAUCUCAUGUAAUAAUAGUAAUGAUACAAAUGCCAAAUUAUGAGUUCAUGAAUGUGCAAGAGUCUUUUGUUAUAGUUUGAUAAGUGUUUAAGAUAGACUUUGGUAUUAUAAUACAGCAGGUGAAUUAUUAAUGAGGUACUUUAGUGUUAAUAAGGAUGAUAUAUCAAGCAAUAUAUUGUUUAAUGAUAUUUU